UCACCGCCCUGAAACUCAGCUGCCCAGUUAGUCAGGAUAGCACCUACCAGGGAAGGUGGCGUGGUGGAGAUAGGUGCGCACUGGAUCCAUGGGCCCUCCCGGGGCAACCCUGUCUUCCAGCUGGCUGCAGAGUACGGGCUGCUGGGGCAGAAGGAGCUGUUGGAGGAAAACCAGCAGAUAGAGACAGGGGGGCACGUGGGCCUGCCCUCUUUGAGCUACACCAGCUCCGGGGCAAGUGUCAGCCUCCAGCUGGUGGCUCAGAUGGCCAGUCUGUUCUACAGUCUGAUAGACCAGACCCGAGAGUUCCUGCAUGUGACCGAGACCCUGGUGCCCAGUGUCGGGGAGUACCUCAAGAAGGAGAUCAGCAAUCAUGUGGCCGGCUGGACGGAGGACGAGGAGACCAAGAAGCUCAAGCUGGCUAUUCUGAAGACCUUCUUCAACGUGGAGUGCUGCGUCAGCGGCACCCACAGCAUGGACCUGGUUGCCCUGGCGCCCUUUGGAGAGUACACUGUCCUGCCAGGGCUGGACUGCACCUUUUCUGGGGGCUACCAAGGACUCACAGACCGCAUAAUGUCCUCCUUGCCGGAGGACGUCAUGGUUUUUAACAAGCCCGUGAAGACCAUUCACUGGACGGGAUCCUUCCAGGAGGCGGCAUUUCCUGGGGAAACCUUCCCGGUGUUGGUGGAAUGUGAAGACGGAAGCUGCUUCCCAGCGCAUCACGUCAUUGUCACUGUGCCCUUAGGUUUUCUUAAGGAACAUCUGGAUACCUUCUUUGACCCACCACUGCCCGCUGAGAAGGCAGAAGCAAUCAGGAAAAUCGGCUUUGGGACCAACAAUAAAAUCUUCCUGGAGUUCGAGGAGCCCUUCUGGGAACCGGACUGCGAGCUCAUCCAGGUGGUGUGGGAGGACACAUCGCCUCUGGAGGAUGUUGCCCCUGCGCUGCAGGACGCCUGGUUCAAGAAGCUCAUCGGGUUUUUGGUCCUGCCUUCCUUCUCGUCUGUCCAUGUUCUCUGUGGAUUCAUUGCUGGGCUCGAAUCUGAGUUUAUGGAGACUCUGUCAGAUGAAGAAGUGCUUCGGUCUUUAACCCAAGUGCUCCGGAGAAUCACAGGAAACCCGCGGCUCCCUGCGCCCCGGAGCGUGCUGAGGACCCGCUGGCACAGCGCCCCGUAUACCCGGGGCUCCUACAGCUACGUGGCGGUGGGCAGCACCGGCGAUGACCUGGACCUGCUAGCUCAGCCCCUGCCUGCAGAGGGCGCCAGUGCCCAGCUCCAGGUACUGUUUGCGGGGGAAGCCACACACCGGACGUUUUACUCCACAACCCAUGGGGCUCUGCUGUCUGGCUGGAGGGAGGCCGACCGCCUCAUCAACUUGUGGGACCUGCAGGUGCAGCAGCCCCAGCCCAGACUCUAGCCAGUCCCGCCUGCCCUGAUUCUCCCGUGCCAACAAGUCUGGGACCCUCCUUUCCCCUGACAGAUGAUUUUUAGUCUCUGGGGAGUUGGGGCGGUUCAUGGCAGUCCUCUUUUUUUUUUGGUAGCUGGGAGUCAUCUUUUUGUUUUUUGCGCCUGUCACUGGAGUCUGGCCAUGGCCAACUUGAGCUGAGACAUGAAACCUCACACAUAAAGUGCAUUGGAGCUGCUA